AUGGCGUCUGCUGAUCUGAGACAGGAGCUGGACUGUUCCAUCUGCCUGAGCAUUUAUACAGAUCCUGUAACCCUGAGAUGUGGCCACAACUUCUGCCGGGUCUGUAUUGAUCGUGUGCUGGAUACACAGGAGGGGGCUGGAGCUUAUACCUGUCCUGACUGCAGAGCAGAGUGUCAGGAGCGUCCUGCACUGAUACAGAACAUUCCUCUGUGUAACAUAGUGGGGAGUUUCCCGUCUACUCUGCCAGAUCAGGAGGAGACUGGGAUCUUCUGCACUUACUGUGUGGACUCUCCUGUACCUGCUGCUAAAUCCUGUCUGCUGUGUGAGGCUUCUCUGUGUGAUAAACACCUUAGAGUACACAGCAAGUCAGCAGAGCACGUCUUAUGUGAUCCCACCACUGCCCUGGGGAACAGGAAAUGCUCCGUCCAUAAGAAGGUCCUGGAGUAUUACUGCACUGAGGACGCUGCCUGUAUCUGUGUGUACUGCUCAGCUGGAGAACACAGAGGACACCUUGUUGACUCGCUGGAUGAGGCCUCUGAGAAGAAGAAGGAGAAGCUGAGGAAUGUUCUACAGAAACUGACCACAAAGAGAGCAGAGACUGAGAAAAGAGUCCAGAGUCUGCAGGAACGCAGGAGAGAAGAUCAGGAAAAAGCACCUGGUAUAAUAGAGUCAGUCACUGCCCUGUUUAGAGACAUCAGGAGACAGCUGGAAGACCUGGAGAAGAGAGUCCUGAGUGAGAUCUCCAGGCAGGAACAGCGCGUUUCACUCUCAGUCUCUGAUCUGAUCCAGCAGCUGGAAAUAAAGAAGGACGAGCUGUCCGGGAAGAUGCGUCACAUUGAGGAGCUGUGUAACAUGUCUGAUCCAGUGACUGUCUUACAGGAACCAGACACAGGGGACUUGUGUGAUACUGAGGACACAGAGAGACAUGAUAACCAGGUCCAUGGUGCAGGAGAUCUGGAUGUGGGUCUCAUCUCAGGGACAUUACACACAUUAUCUGAUAUAAUAACAGGUAUAAAUAUAGGGAUCUAUGUACGGGAAGCUGCCGACCUUUUAGUGGAUGAAACCACAGCUGGUAAUAAGAUACAUAUAUCAGAUGACAGGAAAACUGCAUCCAGGUCAGAUAUGUAUCAGAAUCACCCAGUAACACCGGAGAGAUUUCAGAGUCCUCAGGUAAUAAGCAUCAGGAGAUUCUCCUCAGGGCGACAUUACUGGGAGGUGGAUGUUGGUAAGUCAGUGUACUGGAGGGUGGGGAUGUGUUAUCCCAAUAUAUGCAGGGGAGGAGGUCAGUCACACAUUGGGGAUAAUAACAAGUCCUGGUGUUUGCGUAGGUGUAAUAAUCAGUACUCAGUGAUACAUAACAGUAUGUGGAUCCAGUUACCUGACAAUAUCCCCUGUGACAGGGUGAGGGUGUAUCUGGAUUAUGAGACAGGACAGCUGUCCUUUUAUUCUCUGUGUGACCCCAUCAGACGCUUACACACCUACACUGCCGCCCUCACUGAGCCCCUCCAUGCUGCAUUAUGUGUAGCGGAUGGGUGUAUAACUGUAUCUGGGGGAGUCAGGAGCUGGGAGAAAUUACCAUAAGAAAUCUGCCCAGAGACUAAUGACAUCACACAGAGGAGGCUCUGAUUGGUGGAACAUUCAGCUUAGGGCUGGCCAUUGUAGGUGAUGAAUUUUGAUUUUUAUUGUAAAAUUUUUACCUUUACUGGGCUAAUGGGCAAGGACACCAAGGGGCCCAUUUAUCAUUAAAUAUUUGUGGCUUAUUCCCCCAAAACACCUAUUUUCAAAGGGUUACCGCAGAUAUUUAGUAUCACCAGCAUGUAUCCUAGAGGGACCGCAGUAGAUAUAUCUGAUACCUGCUGCGAUCCCGACGCAACCUGUCCCUAUGGGUGCGCGUAAUACAUUUGCCCCAUGUAAUCGCAUCCUGCAAUGCAAUUCUGGCUGGUAAUACCGCUCCCAGAUCACAUACAUAUGUACAUACAGUAUCCAGCAGUUAUUUUAUUCUGAUCUACGGGCAUAUGUAUCAAAACUAUUUUUACUAAAAUAAUGUUUACUAAUAAUUAUUUUAGUACCACCUGAAUUGACUGAUGGGCAACUGGAUAUUGCAUAUUUUUUUUAGUAAUCAGAUCACAUUUCCCACACCUGUAAUGGGAAAUGUAAUCUGCUCAAAUUUACUGAAAUUAAAUUGUACAAAAAUACCGGAGGGAGCCCUGUGAUAAUAACAUUAUCUUCAGAUAGUGUUAUUAGGGCUUCCCUCUGGUUCCCUUACUCCUACACAGCCUUCUCUGCCUGCUGGCAAUGAAAGCUGGGCUCAGAUCCGGCCACUGUGAUCAGCCAUGUGUGACCACAGGCUAAUCCCUGUGUAUACAAAUAUACCCCCCACCACACACACACACACUUAGUACCUAGAACCACUAAUCUGGGAACUCCGGUCAUCUGUAUCCUGUGCUGCUGCUGUGACCCCGUCAUCUGAGCAGAGAUGCUGCAAAGUGUUGGCAUCUCUGCUCAAGUUACUGAUCACAUGGUCACAGCAGCAGCACAGGAUACAGAUCACCGGUGCUCACCGAUCACCGUUUCUGGGUGCAUGUAAGUGUCCUCUUAGCGCAGCAUCAUGGGGGAGACGAGGAGGGGGGUGUUUAGACGGCAGCAUUGGCAACACAUGCGCAGUUAGACUCUCAGGGUAUUUUUUUUCGCAAAAAAUACCCUGAGAAGUUCGGGAAGAGUUUUCGCAGGGACAGAGCUUUCUCACAAGUUCUAUGCGAUGAUUGAUACAUCCUUGCGGAUUUGGGUGAAUUUACCACAUCACAUUUACACCUGAGAUGCGGAUUGUGAUAAUCAUGCCCCCUAAUGUUUUAGGAAACCUUACUUUGCAUAUUAAAACUAUAUUUCCCCCUUGUUU